AUGUCGCACCAAUCUGUUGAAGUGCCACCUCACGAUCCAUCGAAGCCCCGGUCUAACGAAGAGGAGGCUAUGUCGACGGUGGGGAAUGAAGACUCUUCUAUGGCAGAAGUCGAGAAAAGCCCAAGAGAUCUCCAUGGCUGGAAGUGGGCUCUCUCUUACACGGCCAUGCUCUCCACCACUUUUCUCUUCGCCCUGGAUAACACUAUUGUCGCCGAUAUCCAACCUGCGAUCCUCAAAGACCUCGGCGCCAUCGAACUCCUACCAUGGGUCGGAACCGGUUUCGCCCUCGGCACCAUGGCAGUCUUGCCCUGGAGUAAGGUGUACGGUAUCUUCUCCAUCCGAGAGAUCUAUCUCUUCAACAUCCUCUUGUUCGAAGUCGGCAGCGCUUUGUGUGGAGCGGCCCCGAACAUGAAUGCCAUGAUUCUCGGUCGAGUCAUUGCUGGUGUUGGCGGAUCGGGAAUGUACUCGGGGACAUUGACCUAUGUUUCGGUAUGCACGACGAUGAAGGAGAGGGCGUUGUAUAUGGCUGGAAGCACCGUUAUUUGGGGCAUUGGAACAGUGCUUGGCCCUGUGGUUGGAGGUGCAUUUGCGGAAAGCAGCGCGACUUGGAGAUGGGGAUUCUACAUCAACCUCGUCGUCGGGGCUGUAUUUGCCCCAGCAUAUCUCUUCCUCUUUCCCUCGCUCAACCCGCAGCCCCAGCUGUUCACCAAGCAGAAGCUCAGGAACAUGGACUGGCCAAUGACGUUUGUCUUUCUCACCGGCUCGGCAUUCUUCAUCAUGGCCAUCUCUUUCGGCGGCACCCUUUAUAGCUGGCACUCUGCAGCAGAGAUUGCGUUUUGGACCUCGUCUGGUGUGUUCCUUGUUGUUUCUGUGGUUCUGUUGAAGUUCCAUCCCGGCGUCUCCAAGGAACACCAGCUUUGGCCGUCACAUUUUCUCAAGAUGCCGGUGGUGAUGAACAUGCAGCUGCAAAUAUUCUUGUCAGGCGGCAUCAUUCUGACAAUCAUCUAUUAUAUUCCCCUGUACUUCCAGUUCAUCCGUGGAGAUGGUGCCCUGGAUGCUGGUAUCCGACUCCUCCCGCUGAUCAUUGCCAUGGUGGUAACAUGCAUGGUCAGCGGGGUGUUAUUGCCAAAGACACCGCGCUUCUCACCAUGGUAUAUUGUUGGUAGUGCCCUGGUCUUGAUCGGAACGGCCCUGAUGUAUACUGUUAAUGAAGCCACCAAGAACGCCAAUAUCUAUGGAUAUAACAUCUUGAUCGGGGUUGGGGCUGGCUGCUAUAUCGUUACUGGCUUUACUGUCGUUCAGUCCCUUGUGCCAGCCGGAGACACUGCGAACGCUGUCGCGGCCAUGACAAUUGCACAAAAUAUGGGAAUGGUUCUGUUUCUAUCUGUCUGCGGUACUGUUUUCCAGAAUACCGCUAUCAAGGAGGUUGGCCAGGCUCUGCCCCAACUCUCCCCUGACGAAAUCGCCGAGCUUGUUGCUGGGACGAGCAGCAAAGCAUUCCAGAGCCUGUCUCCUUCAGAAAGAUCGACUGUUAUCACGAACAUCACCUCUGCUAUCAGAAACGUCUGGUUGCUGUUUCUCGUAGCUGCGGCGUUGAGCUUCGCGUUCUCUGUACCCCUUGCAGUAAGCUCCUCUCUUCUCUGCAGUUAA